GUAUAGCAGGUAUUCCUAGAGUACCAUAGAGUCCACCAGUGGGCAUGGCUUCGUCACUUCCCUUCCAUCUUGCGGUAGCGCUUCUACUCCUGCUGGUUCAUCAGCAUGCCGCGGAGGAGCUACGCGCGUUUGACUUCGACAAGAAGGUGGCGAGCUUCGUGGAAGAUUUGUCCAAGACUCACAAGCAGAAGGUGAUGUGGUGGGACAUUCACGGGGAACACAAGCGGAUCCAGGAAAACCUCGAGAAAUAUGGGCAGUACAAGGUGUCGGUAACAGCGGAAGCCGUCAAGUACGGAGCGGCGAAGAUCGCUUCAAUGACGCCGAACGUGGCGUACACCCAGUGGGCCCACAACGGUCAGCCGUCCUCAGCCCAGCAAGUCUCGGUCAAGAGAAGAACUCAGCGCGUAAAAUCUGCCACCUGGCAAACACAGACGGCGUUCAGCUCUUCGUUCAACUUGAAGGCCGCCGCCAAAAUUCCGGCCGUCACGAACUUCCAGACCCAGGUCCAAGCCGCCUUGGACUUGAAAACGGCACGCGGUGGACACCAUAGUGAAACCGAAGAAUUUACUGUUCAUGAAGUCGUCAACGUGCCCCCCAUGAAGAGCGUAAAGAUCGAAUGGAUCAUCACCGAUGUCGUACAGGAAAUCCCUUGGACGGCGGAAGUCAUCGCAAGCGGAUGGGUCGCUCUUUGGUUCGAAAACAAAGUCGACAACCACUGGAUGUGGUUUUACCCCGUCUCGUCGCUCCGGGAUCCACUUCUAAAGAAUAUAGGAAACAAUAGCGUUCAAUUUACCGCCAAGGGCGUGCUUACGCUAUCUAACGCUCAGGAGGGGCACCUUCGCGUGACUGAGUUCGAUCUUCAGCAGUACGCCGGAAAGCCUUCUCCAAUCAGGACAUACACCAUUCCUCUGAAACUGACUCAAUAAACUGCACCCUUUACUUA